GGCAGCGGCGGCGGUGCGUGCGCGGGGCUGCGCGGCAGCACUACCGGCGCGGAGCCGCGGGGAGCCUCGAGCCCGUCGCGGCGACGCGCAGCACGGCCGCGCCCAUGGCUAGCAGCAGCAGCGGCGGCGGCGGCGGCAGCGGCAGGUAGGGUCGGGCGGGGCGGGGGCCCGCUCCCCCGGCCAUGGCUCAGACGGAGCCCCCGAAGGCGGUGCGGCUGUGGCGCGACGCCGCCUUGCGCGCACGGAAGCUGCGGGGCGGCCCCGCCGAGCCCGAGCCCGAGCCGGAGCCGGACGCAGGGCCACCGGGGGGACCGCCGCCGCCCCCCGGUGCCGCCGCUCCUCGCCGCCCGACCUUGGCGGCGGCGGCGGCGCUGGGGGAGCUGGAAGCGCUGAACCUGAGCGGGCGGGGGUUGGAGGAGCUGCCCGACGAGGUGGGUGCCGCCCUGAGCGGGCUGCGGGUGCUCAGCCUGCGGCGCAACCGGCUGGGCCGCCUGCCCGCGGCCGCCCUGCGUCACCUGGGCCGUCUGGCCGAGCUCGACCUCAGCCACAACCGGCUGCGGGACCUGGGGGACGGCGGGGCGCUGGCGGGGCUGCGGGGUCUGCGCAAGCUCAGCCUCAGCCACAACGAACUGGGCGCCGAAGGCCUGGGACUGCCCCCCCGCCUCGCCGAGCUGGGCUGCCUCGAGGAGCUCGACCUCAGCUUCAACCGCCUGCGCCGCCUUCCCGAGGGCCUGGGCCGUCUGCGGCACCUCCGUACCCUAGACGUCGACCACAACCUGCUGCCCUCCUUCCCUGCCCCGCUGCUGGAGCUGGCUUCCCUGGAGGAGCUCGACUGUUCCGGUAACCGCCACCUCGGGGCCCUGCCCGAGGGCAUCGCUGCCCUCCGCCGCCUCAAGAUCCUCUGGCUCAGCGGCACCGGGCUGGCAUCUCUGCCCGAGGGUCUCUGCCAGUUGAGUGCCCUCGAGAGCCUCAUGCUGGACGGCAACCAGCUGCAGGCGCUGCCCGCUGACUUUGGCAGACUGCAGCGACUCAAGAUGCUGAACCUCUCAUCCAACCUGCUGGAGGAAUUCCCCUCUGCCAUCUUGGCACUGCCCAGUCUGGAGGAGCUCUACCUGAGCCGCAACCAGCUCACCGUGCUGCCCCCUCACCUCUGUCAGCUCCACCAGCUUCGCACUCUCUGGCUGGACAACAACCACAUCCGCUAUCUACCUGACUCCAUUGUGCUUCUCCACAGCCUAGAGGAACUGGUCCUGCAAGGCAACCAGAUCGCCAUCCUGCCUGAGGGCUUCGGGCAGCUUUCCCGUGUCACCCUGUGGAAGAUCAAAGACAACCCCCUCAUCCAGCCCCCCUAUGAGGUGUGCAUGAAAGGCAUCCCCUACAUCGCAGCUUACCAGCAGGAGCUGGCCCACUCCCAGCCUGCCCUCAAACCCCGCCUCAAACUAGUCCUGAUAGGCCUAAAGGAUGCAGGAAAGACCCUGCUGAGACAGUGUCUCAUGGAGGAAAAUGAGCAGAGAAAGGACAUGGGAAGACUGGAGGCAGGGAACACCCAGCACAGAGGGUUUCCUGGGCAACAGCAGGACAUUGGGAGGGUGACAGUUGGGUGUUGCCCCUUUCUGGAGCCUCAAGACAAAUCCUCAACUCGGGUACCUAUCAUGCAGCAGAUGGAACAUCUCCCUGCUGAGCGGCAGGAUAUCCCUUCUCAUGUGCCCUCUCGCCGAGCAAAGGGGGAUGCAACGUGCCCUGCACCACCCAAUGCUCCCCGAGUACCACUGGGACUAGGACUAUCAGGAGGCAGUAAGGGCAUCGAGGUGAUGGACUGGACAGCAGAUGCAGAGAGGGGCCUGACAUUCAUUGUGUAUGAGCUGGCGGGGGACCCAAGCUAUGAUGUGAUCCAGUCUUUCUUCCUCUCCCCUGGAGCCUUGUACGUGCUGGUGGUGAAUAUGAGUGCCUACAUCCCUCAGCACUUCUACCCCUCUGUGGGCUAUUUCUUACACUGGCUCAGUUCCAAGGUGCCCCAUGCUGUAGUGUGCAUGGUGGGAACCCAUGCUGACCUCUGUGCAGAGCGGGAGUUGGAAGAGAAGUGCCUGGACAUCCAUCAUCAGAUCGCUCAGCAGGAGAAGAGGGAUGCUGAGGGACUCCAGAGCUUAGUCCAGCAGGUGGAUGAGGCUCUGGGACAGGACUUUGACCUGCGUUGCUCCAGCCCACAUGCUGCCUUUUAUGGGGUCUCAGACAAGAACUUGAGGCGAAAGAAAGCCCAGUUUCAGUAUCUUCUGAACCACCGCCCACAGAUCCUCUCUCCAGUGCUGCCUUUCAGCUGCCUGGACCACUGCCAGGUGCGUCGCCUGCGGGACAAGCUCCUCUCGGUGGCUGAGCACCGGGAUAUCUUCCCAAACCUGCACCGGGUGUUGCCUAAGUCCUGGCAAGUGCUGGAGGAGCUGCACUUCCAGCCUCAAGCUCAGCAGUUGUGGCUUAGCUGGUGGGACUCUGCCCGGCUUGGCUUGCAGGCAGGCCUGACGGAGGAUCGGCUCCAGAGUGCCCUGUCCUACCUGCACGAGAGUGGAAAGCUGCUCUACUUUGAAGAGCAUCUCACCUUGAGGGAGUAUGUGUUCCACAAUCUGCCACGGCUCAUAGAUAUCCUCAAUGUCUUUUGCCAGCGGGAUGCCACCGUGCUGCUCCAGAAACUGCUCAGUGACACCCAGAUUGAUGAACUGAGGACCACUCAGCUCCAUCAUUACGUGGAGGGCUUCUUGCUGCAUGGCCUCCUUCCUGCCCAUGUUAUCCGUCUCCUUCUUAAGCCCCAUGUCCAGAGUCGGGAGGAUCUGCAGCUCAUUCUGGAGCUGCUGGAGAAGAUGGGGCUAUGUUACUGUAUCAACAAACCCAAAUGCAAGCCCUUAAAUGGGGCAGCUGCUUGGUACAAGUUUCCCUGCUAUGUGAAAAACGAGGUGCCCCAUGCAGAGGCAUGGAUCAACGGCACCAAUCUGAGUGGACAGUCCUUUGUGAUUGAGCAGCUGCAGAUUGAAUAUAGCUUUCCAUUCAUUUUCCCACCUGGCUUGUUUGCACGCUACAGUGUCCAGAUUAACAGCCACGUGGUUCAGCGGUCAGAUGGCAAAUACCAGAUAUAUGCCUACCGGGGGAAGGUGCCUGUGGUGGUGAGUUACCGGCCUGCCAGGGGAGCUCUGCAGCCAGACACUCUGUCUAUUGCUAGUCAUGCAUCCCUACCAAAUAUCUGGACAGCUUGGCAAGCUAUUACACCUUUAGUGGAAGAACUGAAUGUCCUGCUCCAGGAAUGGCCGGGCCUGUACUACACUGUGCAUGUCCUCUGUUCAAAGUGCCUUAAAAGAGGGUCACCCAACCCACACACUUUUCCAGGAGAACUGCUGAGUCAGCCGAGACCGGAAGGAUUGACGGAGAUCAUCUGUCCCAAGAAUGGCAGCGAGCGAGUUAAUGUUGCCUUGGUUUACCCCCCCACUCCUACUGUGAUCAGCCCUUGUUCCAAGAAGAAACUAGCGAUUUGUUGCUGUGAAGUUGCGUGGAAACGACAUUGUAAAGAAACCACAAACUGGAAUCCUUUUCCAGCUGGAGGCCUGUUUCCCAGUGUACCCAUCUGGUCUGGGAUGCGUGAGCAUUGAAGGAGUGAGAGGACAGAGCAGACGUCUUACAGCCUGCUCCUUGGGACCGCAGCCCUCCUGCCAGGAUGUGCCACCUCCGUGGGAGCAUCCCUUGGCCUUUGUAGGCACUCAGGCUGCUGUUGUGCACUGAAGCUGUAAUGCUGGGAGUGUGGCAGUAUGGAGAUCAAUCUAGUUAGGUCUGUUUAAUACAAAACAGUGAUUGCUCAUCCACUCAGUGGUUAGUAACUGGUGUAACUGUGUUUUCAUCUGAAUUUUUUUAAUAUGCAAAAGCCAUUUAAUUUUCUAUGCAGUUCAGAAAAAUCUCCCCUUUGCAGUUGCCAGGUGGGAGAUCCAUGCAGGAGAACCAAACCAAGUGGUUCAUAGUAGUUUUGAUUUUGUCUUUUAAGGAUGCAUCCUGGGAUCCUCAUACAGUGUCCCUUUGCUGAGCUCCUGCCUCAGACCCCACUUAAUAUCCCUGAGCCUCAGGAAUGAGGGCCCUGUAUUUUUUGAAGGAUUUGUCAUUUUUCAUGAAUAAAGCCACAAGGAAAGAGGGCUUGAAUGCAGUGCCCUAGCAGCAGAUACCUGAGUUCAGAGUAUGUAUUAUGUUCCUGUUCUCGUCCCUGUUUGGAGAGUUACCAAACUGUUAGAAAUUACUAAGGUCUCUGUGGAGCACUCUGCAGUCUUUACUGAAGAAGCAUUAUAAAGAGGUCAGAAAGAAAACUGGGGCAUCAGCUGUCUCCCUGUGGAGCUGACAAUGAAUUUACUCCUUUGGAAUAGGAGGAGAAUCUCCUGGCAAUCUCCUAGAUGCCUACUUACUCAAGACAAUUGUACUGGUUUUACUUACUGGUUUGCAGACCCCUUGAUUGACUGGUUUUUGAUUUCCUGCUGAAACUGGUUCAGACAGGUUUGGAAGCAGAGCUAGUGAGCUGCUUUGCACUCCAGAACUUAAAGCAUCUGGAAGAUGUCCUGGAGUACCUUGUGUUAUGCUCUGAAGCAAAACCUGGGAUUCAAACCUGCAUCCGUCCAAGUGAAACUCCCAGGAUAGCAGCUUUGCCUUCUGGGUUUGUGAGGAAUUGCAUGUCCCUAAGCAGCAUACAAAUAUGUAGAGGUGAAGUGAGAGUGAGUCCAAAGGGUAAUGCUGCACAUCUAGGUCAUUUUAGGGCUUACAGGAGUACUUGAGAUUUCUGGCAACUGCAGAGGGUCCUGGGUGAUGGGACACUUCUGUUUUAACUGUGCUAUAAGCAAAAAAGAGAAGUAAAAUUGUUGUUAAGUCUGCCACAAGGCCAGGAUAGGAUGCCUUUGACUAGUCUUCUUUCAUGGCAGUGCUGUUCUUUACGCAUUGUCUUUGCUCUGAGCUUGGGGGAUUCAGCUUAAAAAAGUUAAACUGAAAUGGAGCCCUUGGGAUUUACAGUUUGAGAUAUACCCUGCCUCAUGGUCUCCCAGAUGAGAUGGAAGAGACCGAGGGCUGCGGAAGCAUGGGUCAUGUCCCUUGCGGCAUCCCCCAUGCCACAGUUUCAUGGUGGCUGUAUAACUCAGUAGUGUAUUUGGGUGCUGCCCUCCCAGGAACUCAAGAUGUGCUUGGCUGUCCUGUAGCACUGGAGCUUACAUGGGAUCCCUGUUCUCUUCCCCAUUGUACCUCUGAGGCAGUUAAAGUUUGUCAAAGCAAUUGAGGCUCCUCUCUGUGAGGAGUUAGAUUUGGUUGUGUCAAAGGGAACUGCAAAUGUUACUUAGGAACUCACUAAGUGAGAUGAAAAUCCACUGACUCACUCCUGCAGAGACAGGUCCUGGAGCUCUGUUCCUCUUCAGCCCUUUGGAUGGGAUCUUGGGAUGGCAUCCUUGGAACAGCAGUGUUGGGAGGUGGAGAUUCUGCACUGCAGUAAGCACAAGAAGAGGCAAGCAAGUGGGCACUUGUAGCACUCAUCACAUGCUUCAUGGCUCAGUUCAUGGACUGUAAUUGCAGGUAUUCAUAUAGUCUACAUCACUGGGCAGGACUCUGCACACACACAUAUGCAUGCCCAGACACACAUGCAGCACACCCACACUUGCCCACACAUCCUCACCAAAAUGAAUGAAAAUAAAAGUGAUCUCAAAUCUGCAA